AUGACGGCUACAGCGAGCGGAACAUCCCACGUGGAGACUGGCGCAAAAAAUGAAAAAGUUACUCUGGAUGCGCUUUUCGAACGGCUGGGAAGAUGGCACCUCCCGAUUUUCGUCUUCGGCUUCUUAAGGGGGUCCCCGGUAAUCCUAUCGAUGAUGUUCGUCGUGUUCGCGGCGCCGAUACGGCAGGAAUAUUGGUGCGCGGAUCCCGGUUUCAAUUCCACCAAUAUCUGUGAUGGCAGCUGUCAGAGGUUCGAGUUCGACCGCCGCGUCUACGGAUAUACGUUGAUGGAGGAAUUCGAUUUGGUCUGCAGCCGAUCGUGGUUGGCCUCGCUGGCUCAGUCAUUGUACUUGUCGGGAUUGAUGGUUGGUGGUAUAAUCCACGCCCAUAUCUCUGAUUGGUGGGGUCGUCGCUUCUCAGCGAUCGUAUCCCUAAUCCUGACUAUCAUCACGACCGCAGCCACCGCAUAUUCUCCUUCUGUUGAAGUUUUCAUCGUUGGUCGUUUUCUCACAGCCUGUUCACUAUCAGGAUUUGCGGAAGCGGCUUUCACGAUAGUUAUCGAAACGGUUCAUCCGAGCAUGAGAUACAUGCCGACGCUGACCAUCGGAACAGGUAUUUCGACGGGGAUGAUGAUUCUCGCGGUUUCUGCCUACGUAUUGAGAGACUGGAUACACAUGCAGCUGUUCAUUGUGGCCACAAUGCUCCUUCUCACCGCUCUGUGGACCAUUUUGCCGGAGUCGCCUCGGUGGCAGCUCAGCACCGGACGAUACGAGGCAGCCGAAAGGAGCCUGGAAAAAGUGGUGAAACACCAGAAAAAUUUCAAUGAAACCCACGUAAAAGCGAUAAUUGAAGAAAAUAAGUCCGCCACCAGAGAAACCAAAACGACCCGCCCGACUCUGGGUACCGUCUUUGCGCAGUAUCCUCUCGUAACUUGCGUGUUUUGCUUCUGCCAGAGUACCUCCAACAUGGCUUGGUACUACUUGACUGUGUCUACCACAUCCGUAUUCAAUGGGGAUCCUUAUCUGGCCUUCCUGGUGGCCGCCAUCUCGGAGAUCCCUGCGAAGCUGAUGAACACAGUCCUCAUUAAAUUCGUGCCGCGUAAGCGGAGUUUGUUCUGGUCCUUCAUGUUCUCAGCUGUGGUUCUCAUCGUGGCCAUCUGGGUUCCAUCAGAGUACUCAUGGAUCAAAUUGAUCUCGGUCAUCCUGGGCAGGAUGUGUUGCUCAAUGAAUCAGUCGGUGAAUCGAGUUGCCGUGACCGAAAGCUAUCCCACGGUCAUUCGAGCCAUCGCGGUCUCGAUGGUCGGGAUGACGGGAAGAAUGGGCGCGUGCGUCGCUCCAUUCUUUGAAGAGCUCGAACGCAUGUGGAGCUCUCUUCCGAUCAUGAUAAUAGCGGGUCUCUGCUGUGUGGCUGCCGUGGCGACACAACUCCUCGAGGAAACAUUCGGAAGAGCCUUGCCCGACAGGCUGAAGAAGGAGAAAUCACCCGAAAACGAUGUUCAUUUCGCUGAUUGCAACAUCCAUUGCAUGAAGUAUCUUGUGAAGAUGUGA